AUGAUAGACUACUUUGAUUAUCGUAACUUCAGGUACCUCAGACUAGAUGGCACUACUCGAUCUGAUGAUCGUGGCGAGCUCCUGGUCAAGUUCAAUGACCGAAGUGAAGAAUAUUUUAUUUUCCUUCUUUCCACUCGAGCCGGCGGACUUGGUCUUAAUUUGCAAGCUGCAGAUACGGUUAUCAUUUUUGAUUCUGAUUGGAAUCCCCACCAGGACUUGCAGGCCCAGGACAGAGCUCAUCGAAUAGGACAGCAGAAUGAGGCAUUUUCAAAAGUAUGUGAAUCAGGUGUUACUGUUUAA